UUUUAGUCCCUUAAAAGCAAUGCAUUGCGAUUUCAUUACUGAUUUGUUGUGCAUUUAAGCAAGCUGUUCAUACAAAAUAAAUAAAAUUUGUUCCAUAUCAAAGGUAAGGAUCAGUCGUUUGUACAUCUUUUCAUUCAUAUUCCUGAUGUUGCGCUCAUCUAUUUUCAGAGAUAAAUCACAGAAAACAUUAAAAUGGCCAGAAAAAAGACAAGAUUUUAUUUGUCCACCAUCAAACAGAAAAGACGUAACAAAGCUAUAUGGUCGCCAUUCAAAACUGAAAAUAGAAAUGAAGUUCAGACGCCAAUGAAAGAAAAUAAACGGACUAGUAAUACCAAUAGAGAUUUGUCACCAAGCAAACGAUUAAGAACGUUUUCUCCAUGUCCUCAAAGUGAAUCAAAAACCCCAGAAAAAACGAAAAGAUUGCUAACUCCAACUUCAAGCACCAAAAAAUCAAGAAAAAAACCUGUUCAAAAUAAGGUAUUAGAAGAAAGAGUUUUAUUUGAUGAAAUGUCUGAAGAAUUAACAGAAGAAGAGAAAGAUUUUUUAGACAUUGCAAGCGACAAGGCUGUCCUGAGACAACUUUCUGAAGCAAAAAUAUUACAUUAUUUAACAAUAUUUCUAACUCUUAUCAAACUGAAUAAGUACCCGUUGGCAAACAUCGCUUUUCUUCUUUGGUUAGAGACAGUUAAAUGGUAUAACUGUAAUAGUCUCCAAGAAAUGAGAUUUUUCAAAAUCACAAAGGAUUUUUGGCGCGCAGGUUAUCGCCUUUUCCGGGGAAAAUUUUUAUGCUUUAUGAGCGGACCGCGAGCCAUAGGAUCUUUUUUGUCAACUCCAUCUAGCAACAGAAAACUAGAUCCAGAGAAAACCGAGAUCAAUUUUGCAAUUCCUUCUAGAAAUACCUUUGUAGACGCACAAAACUCAGACAUUCCAUCUACACUCAGCCCUGGGAUAAUUCAUCGCGCUGUUAAAGCAAUAAGUGAUAGUCCUCAAAGUAAAGUGAACAUGAUGUGCUUAGAUGCAAAAAAGGUCACAGCUGGACUUGAUGAUACCUAUGGGGACGUUGAUAUGUUUGGACAUGAAGCACGUCCGAAUUUGAACGAACUUAGAGACAGAUUACAGAAAGAAAAAACACUAAUAGACGACAUUAAAAUUGAAAUAAAUGAGUUUGUAGAAACCUGCGAAGAGCCCGGUUUUGACGAAAGUGACAAAGCUUGUAAAAAGAUGGAAAUCCUGGAUAUGAUUCGUGCAUUACUUCUUGUGUUAACACUGAAAUUGAAAGAAGCCAGAACGUUAAAAAGAAAACAAGAAUAUGGACUAGAAAAACUUAAAGAAAGAGCUGGACCUGAAUGGAAAACCUCUAAAUACAUAUUUGCAAUAAGCAGUAUACAGGCCUUUUUAUACAGAGUUAAACAUUUCAUUUCAAGAGCACUUUUGAAUAUUGACAAUCUGUGUGAAAAGGCUAGUGCAUUAGCUGAUUCAAAAUCGUACAUUGCUAAAACUAUUGAACCGUCAAAACAGAAAAAUCUCUUUAUGUUAAAACCUGUGCAAAUGCAACUGAAACCGAUUCCAACAAUCUUCAUUAAGCAAGGAAGCAAUGAAUGGAAGGAAAUUCGGAAAUUAGCUCCAGUAACAGGAAGUACAUUGCACAACGCCUUAGGACUGAGAACUUUGUCUAUUCAAAAGCAACAUUUUGAUACCCAUAUUCUCUCUAAAGAAGGACCAGAGCUACCAGAAGCUGUGCAGGUUCGACUAAAACACGGUACAGAAAAUGAACCUAAUGCUGUAGCUACAUUGGUAGGGAAAUUUUUACCAGUUUUCCAUCCAGAUUUGUCAUUCAUUGAGGUGGGUUGCUGUUUACUGUCAGGGAAUGUAGACUUUGGGAAACCAUUGAUAGCAGUUUCUCCGGACGGUAGUUUGUGCCGAGGUGAUAAUAAUAACGAGCGUGUUGCAGCAAUUGAAAUAAAAUGUCCAUACCCCAAAACUGACGGUGAAACACUUUUCUACACGAUUCCUCAGUAUUACAUCUGUCAGUGUUUGGCUGAGAUGAAAGCUUUGGAUGUAAUGUCUCUGAUUUUCAUUUGCUACACCAAAGAGAGUAGUACAUUCUUUGAGGUAGACUUUGACGAAGACCUUUGGUUAGCAAUACAAGAUCAAGCAGAGCUUUUAUAUGGAAAGGAACAACCUGAAAGACCGUCAAGAAAAUCCCCUGUUACGUCAGAAUUAAAGAAAAAACUACUUCAGUUUUCUGAGACAAACGUGCGACUUCUAUCAGAAAUACCGUCAGCCAGUAUGUCGAGUUCCAACAUAGAUCCAGUUCUAUCACAUAAUCAAUCACCAUAUAUUGAUCAUGGAAAUGAAAGCCCGUCUACACCCUCAGUAACAGGUAAAGAUAACCUUAGAGAACUACUGACAACUUUGAAUGAGUCUAAUGAUUGUGUCAAAAUCGGGUACCAACUUUCUAGAAGGAAAGCAAACGAGGUUAUGGUCUGGGUAUUGUCAAACAAAGAUAGGCAUUGGUCAGCUGAAAUUCCUAACUCAAUGAUAGUUGCUUUUGGAUUGAAAGAUUAUAAACUGAGCAAUGAACAACUAAGAGCAGCCACUGAGGACGUUUUAAAUGAAUGUAAAAAGGCAGGACUAGAAAUUCCGCUCCUUGCUUUCGACGGUCAGUGGUAUCAGAUAAUGGUGCGUGAUGGAGAAUCUCAACCUCUAACAAAACUUCAGUUACAAAAGGACGUAUGGAAUGAAGUAACAAAAAUGAAGAAAAAAGACAUAGUAGAUAAAUUAAUUCAUGUGAACAAACCAAAUAUGCAAGCGGAUUUAAAGCCGAAAGAGGGAAUUAUGAUAGAAAGGAGGAAAAAUGAAAUAGUUGUCACAUCAAAUGAUAUCGCAUUUACAAAGAUUACAACAAACAGAAAUAUUAAAUACUGGACAAGAUCUACAAACAAGAGCAACGACGAAAUCGACGAUACCUUUGAGGAAUGUCAAACCAUAGAAGACAAUAUGAACUGGAUCCCAGAUAACGUUAUUGAUGCCGUAGAAAAAAACGGAGAUGCGGAACUGAUGACAGCCCUGAAUAAUAUUUCAAGAGACAUCAACAAUAUCUUAACAGCUGAAAAGUUAAACUCUUCGGACGCUGACAUUGAAGAAACACAAGGAGACCCAGAAGUCAAUUUAAGAACAAAAACGUUUACAGAAAGACAGGAACAAGUGGAUCUCCAUCUUAAAGAUCUCAGUGAAGACAAUUAUAAAGAAAUUUUAACGAAACUCCAAAACUGCAAACGUCACGAAAAAUGGAAAAAAAUGUUGCCUGCUACGUUGAAGGAGCUUAUGGUAACGGCAACAAAGAUGGUUAUAUUUACGAAAGAAGAACUGUGUGUGAUAGGAAAUACACUGAAGACAAUAUUCAGCUCUGUUGAAACCGAAUUUAAAGGAAACUGGACAAAGGAGAAAUUAAUCAAUACACUUUGUGGUAUGCUUGGUAAUGGCUCAACUGUUUCCCUGAACAAAAAAGUUAAAAAAGUACCGACACUAAAGAAAAUGGCUGAAAAAGUUCUUAGAGGGAAAACAGUCCCGAAGCAGAUACUGAAUAUUGCCUAUGCGCAAUACGUAUACCCAUCGAGACUAGCAAAAUGGCAGGCAAAAAUGCCCCUUGAUCCGCAAUGUCAAGUGAAGAUUGACAACAACUACAUCCCCAUUGAAUGGUAUUCAUACCCAGAAAUUAAUAAAGCCACUGGUGCGCUUCUGUGUAAAACGCUCGACUCGCACCAUCUCCUCACUAAUCUCAGAAUACGGACAAGCACAACAGGCCUUCAAGGCAUAUCUCCAGAAGCAUGGAAAAAAGUAGCUUCAUCGUUUCAAACGAAACUAACUCCUGCCAUGGUUGAUGACCUUACGGAUAAACAAAGCAAUUCUUUUGCACAAACCCAUUUUUCGAGGGAAGUUGAAGAUAUUAUGGUUGAAAAUGGAGAUCUGAAUGAGGCAGAAUUGUGUCAUUUGAUUCGCCGGUGGUAUGAAGCGGAAGAUCAGCCAGCUUUAUCAGCUAGCGAACGGGUCAUAAGAUGGUUAGAACUUCGAGACUAUUUGUUAAAGGAUGUGGAUUUCUCAGUGUUUCCUCCUGCUUCGUUGCAGUUAAAAGGCUUCUCUACCAUAGGUUUCGAGGGGUUUCUUGUUGGCAUUGACACCAAGAUACAAUUAUUAGAUAUAUGUGGUCCUUACUGCGUGAGAACUGUUAGCAGCUUACCAGCAGAAACUGCCGUUGGUGGUAUACAGGAUAUGAACUUUAACAAGUCUAUGUCUGUAAAAGCCAAGGAUGUGCCAAGAAUAAUAUCUGCUCUAACAGAAGUUAUGACAUACAAAUGUAAUCCUAACAGGGGGUUCCAUAUGAGAACGUCUCGCUCUUCGGUAUAUCCAGUGGUUGAAGGUCACAUCUUAACAGACAAUAACGAUCUCAGUGAUCCAGAGGUAGAAAUAUCCGAGACAGAAAAAGGAGAAGAUACUUUGAUGACUGAUUACAACGGUACUAAGUCUUUAACGAUUGUACCUGUGAACCAUGCGUUUGAUCAACCAGAAAGACGACGGACAAAGGCAAGACGCAAACUUGGCGGGCUUACAUCUGACCUGGAUGCUCCUCCAAAAGGAACUUUGCCAAUGAGAAGAGAAUUUCAUAAAUGUGAUGAAUCAAAAGUCUUGCCAAACAAGAGAUCACAGCUAUCAGACUCUUAAACAUAUAAUCUACAUAAGUGAUGUUCAUUUCGACUUUUUGCGGGGGAGGGGGGAUGGGUGUAGUUGUAAGCUAUUUGUAAAAUUAUGCAAGUCUGCAUGAAGGUAAUUCUGCACGUUAAAAAGUUGAUUAAAUCCCGAUUCCUAAACCCUAAAAGUUUAGAAUAUACCUAACUCGGUUUGAAAGUCACGUGUUUGAUGUUUUUGCUCAAUUAUUCUGGCCGAAGUUCAUUUUCACUAAAUAACACAUUAUGCAGGUUCAUUAGGGAUACGUCAGUACCCUCGCCUUAUCGAACUCGCGCGGUAAGUAAUCCAUCGGAAUUUUGCAGAAGUUAAACACUAAAGCAUCCUAAGUCCUAAAGCAGUGAUGCCGAAAUUAUAACCGAACACAUGAGAUAAUAUUUGCACGAUGAAUGAUUUUACCUCGACUAUACGAAGUAUAAGAAGGGCUAUCCUACUCGACGCGGCGUCGGCGUCUUUUUGCGUCCCCACUUUGGUUAUUUUUUUUAAACUUUCUCUAUGUUUCUUCUUACCUCUGUAAUUACUAGUAUAAAUAGAUUUGAUUCAAACUUAUAAUAGUUUCUCCCCAUCAUCAUCCACAUCAUAUAUAGUGUUUUGAUAACUUUAUCUUUACCUCUCUUAUUACUUAAUAUUUUUGACACAGACUCAAGUUAUUGUGCAGUAUCAUAUUGAAUAUCUUCAUCCACCAUUGGAGUCAUGAAACACGCCAGUGACAGCUCUCGUUUCCUCAGAUAUGCCCGUUUUCACUAUCCACCUUCGAAAUAGUUGAGCACGCUGUCUCCUGAGACAGCUCUUGUUUUCUUUCGUAUGAAAUGACGAGGUUUCGGAUAAAUUUCGUUACGUCAAUACCAUCGUGCAGAGCUACCUUUGAUUAUCAAACCACAUCCUUUAACUGUUGAAAUUAUUGUUGUCUUUGCGCUAUAAAUGGUACACAAAAUGUAUAUACAAAGACAAUAUGGUUAAGCUGAACUUAUUUUAUUAGAAUU